AUGAACGCAGCAAUUAUCACCACUCGCUCUAAAAACGCGUGUUCUGUUGAUGUAAAUCGGGCAGUUCGUUCUAAAUCGCAAAAAUCAAAGUUACUGCCAUAUGAUUCAAUAACUUCGGAGGAGGCACUAAGAAAAUUACAAUCCUUAUUGCCAGGAGAUGCCUUUUUAAUUCGCUAUUGGUGCAUUUGCGGUCUUCCUGAAGCAUCCUCAGCCAUGCACCAUAUAUCGACAAGAAGGCUUACUAAUGGAGAGUACAUCCAAGGACAGUUCAUAAAAUGGCUUAGGGAAGAUAUGACAGAGUAUCUCAUACUAGAAUUACCUGGUUGUGGAAGAUUGCAAUUCAAGUACGGAGAUGUAUAUAUGAUGGUAUUAAGUCGUAAAAUAAUAAUUGGCAACCUGGAUUCUUUGCAAGAUGACAACUAG